UAUUCGCGCAUUGAAAACAACACAACAUUGCAAAACAAAUACAAAAAAUUAAAUAAUAUUAGUCGCGUUCCUUGGGCUUGCUUAUUCAGUUGCGGUUAAUAAACAUUUACCGGCUUAAUUUACCUAUCCAUUUGUGAUGUUACAAUACAGUUGACUAAUUAAUUACAUCACUGAAAAAUGUCUCAAAGGUCCAAUAUUAAAUCUAGAGUUAGAGUAUGUAAUAAACCUGUGUUUCAUCUUCAAGACAAGAAAGCUGAUGAUAAUGUGCUGUCCAAUGGUGUGAUCAAGUCUGCUCAGCGUACGGGACAGCUGAAUUUAUCAAAUAAAGGUCUUGGAUCAGUACCAGAAAAAGUGUGGAAAAUUGAAGAAAUAGUGUUAGAUGACACAAAGGAAAUUGACUUUGGAAGGUCUGACUCAAACAACUGGUGGAACAUUGAGCCCCUGAAGACUUUGGACUUGAGCUCCAAUGUGAUAAAGACAUUAUCGCCUGAUAUAAAGUUCCUGCAGCAUCUGGUCACUCUCAAGCUCCACGACAAUGCAUUGACGAGUUUACCACACGAAAUUGGUGAGCUCAAAAGCUUGUCUAACCUGAGCGUAGACCACAAUAAGCUCAGUGUGCUGCCUAAGGAGUUCUACAAAUUGACAGAGUUGCGUUGGCUGAGCAUAUCCCACAAUGAGUUGACGAAGAUUGAACCGGACUUUGGCGAUUUGGUCAUGUUGAAGUUUUUGAGUUUAUCACACAACAAGUUGACCUCAUUGCCUCCGGGCAUGGGCUACCUGGUGCGUCUGGUGGAGCUGAACCUGUCCAACAAUCACCUGACCGAACUACCGCCUGAUAUAGUCAAUCUGAGAGAUCUCAAGAAAUUGAAUCUUUGUCAUAAUAACUUGAAGCAAUUACCAGCUUUGGGCGAGCUUAGGAAAAUGGAAAUUCUCGACGCCAACCAUAACGAUAUAGAAGUGUUGCCUGAUGUUUACGGAUGUACCGCGUUGAAAGAAGUGUACUUGGCCAACAAUUUUAUAAAGGAAAUUACAGAAGAGUUUUGUGAUCAAAUGCAACACUUGAACGUUUUAAAUGUAAGAGACAACAAGAUCGAGAUUUUACCAGAGAAUAUAUGUCUAUUGAAAUCGCUGAAACGAUUAGACUUGACCAAUAACAGUUUAAACAAAUUGCCAAGGAACCUAGGCCUCCUCACACAACUGCAGAGUAUAAACAUGGAGGGGAACAAGCUGUCCUUCGUGAGGCAGGACGUCAUCAGCGGAGGCACCGACAGGAUGAUGAAAUUCCUCCGGGAUCGCAUUUCUGAGGAGUUGGUGGAGGAAACCAGGGUCCUAAACAAUGAAUGGCCCGAUAAGUACACAUUGAAGAAGAGUCAAGCUCUAAUGUUGCCGGGUAAAAAUUUACAGUCGAUCCCGGAGGAAGUGUUCUCGGCGGCCGCGGCGGCAGAAGUUCACAUCGCGGACUUGUCCCGGAACAAGAUCGCACAGCUACCGGACGGCGUGUUCCAACUCAAAGACACGUUAUCACAAUUGAUGUUAUCUUCAAACUGUCUUACGUCCAUACCGCCCGGCAUAAGAUGCCUGAGUCACCUGCAAUACCUGGAUUUGAGCAAGAAUUGCCUGGCGGACCUGCCCAUAGACCUGGGGAAUUUGAAGAGUUUGAGAGAGCUGGUCAUUUCUAAUAAUAAGUUUCCAAAAAUACCCCGGUGCGUGUACGAGCUGGAGAAUUUAGAGAUACUCCUGGCGGCUGAUAACCAGAUAGAAGAGAUCAACGUGUCAUCAGACGCGCUCGCCAAGCUGAGGAGACUGGCGGUGCUGGACCUGGCCAAUAACAGCAUCGUCACAGUUCCUCCAGAGCUUGGCAACUUCACGCAUUUGCGAUCCUUGGAGUUGAUGGGUAAUUGUUUCCGAGCGCCGCGACACGCCAUACUAGCUAAAGGCACCGCGUCCAUAUUGUCCUAUCUCAGAGAUCGCAUCCCGACGUAAUGAUUAUUAAAAAUAUUUUUUUUUUCUUGCCAACCAGUAUCCACCAGUAAAAAUGUAGUUAUAAUUUUUUGUCAUAUCAUCUCGGUGUGAGUAGACCAUUAAAUGAAAAUGAUUUGAAUAAAGAACGAAGAUCAUCGUAAUGUUUGAUUGAAAUAUUUAUAAGGUAAUAAUUUACAAUUUUAAAAACAGCCGAUAUUUUGAAUGUUUGUUUAUACUGAUAGCCAAGGAAAAUUCCUUUAUUUUAAAGAAGUCUUCUUUAUUAAUGCAUUUAUUAUUUUCCUCACACGAGGACGGUAUGUUUAACGCCUUCCGAGCUAAAUUCAUAAUAUUCUAAAGAAAAUUGGGCGCAGUUAUGUCAUUAUUAUUUUUGAAUAAAGGUAUUAAGAACAUCAAAAUAUUAGUAUUUAGUAACCAAAAAAAAUAUUUUUUUUUUAAUUCGGCCUUGUUUUAAUUAACAAAUUUAAAUGGCGGCGGAACUAUAAAAUAAAAUAAUAAAAAAUAUUUCACGAAAAAAAUGUACCUAAGGUGUUCAAUGUAUCACUCCUUCCGCGUGGGUUUAAUUGUAAAGCUGUGGUCACAUUAGCGUAGCAUAGCUUCCGCACUUGAGAAUGUGUUUUGUGUGACAUCACGCUUAUGUGAAAUGAUAACGCUUAGAAGACAUUGUAACGCUGUUAUGUAUAUCAUAUCUACUAGUCUAUUAAUAUGACAUUAUAUUUUUGUAACCCAUUUAUGAAACAAAAAUAUACGCUAGUGCCAUCGUGACAUUUGUUCCUUUCCUGGUCAAUAUAAAUAGCCUAUUAAAAAUAAAAAAAGAUCUUUGAAAUAUUAAAUGUUAUUAAUGCCUAAAUAAUAUCUGACAAGUAUGUAUGAAGUGAAGUCAGAUGAAAUUUUGCUUAAAAAUAGUGUACUAUAUUUUGUUGAUAAUAAUGCCGGUGUGUACGCGCCUUUGCAAAUUGAAAGCAGGCUGUUUACGCAGUAACGACCUCCUUUGCAGAUUCCGAGCGGUAACUUGCGCAUGCGUAAUUUAAAAAUAAAAUGUUGUAUUGUAAUAAGAAAUUUGCAUAAUCAUAAUUUCGCCACGAGCAAAUGGAGAUUUGAAUGAGCAUUCUAUGAUGGAAUCCUAAUUCAAAAAUUUUAUCUCUAUGGCACUUAAAGGGGUUCUAUUCUGAAAUUUGAUAUUUUUUUUCGUUCGACGCGAGUUUUUUUUUUCGAGAAUGCAUUUUUAUUGCUCAUGUUUUCUUUAUUACAAUUUCAGUAUUAGAAAGAAUAACAUGUCUCUCUUUGCCUCUUGUUUUGUUGAUUAUUACAAAAAAAAUAUUUGGAUUAUUAUUUGUUAUAUUAUGAGUUUGUUGUUAUUAGUUUUUUUAAGCUUGUGUAAAUUAUAUAGUUAUACAGAUAUACCAAGGUUGUGAUAUGUGUAAAAUAUUGCAGCUGUUAUGCAUUGUAAAUUAAUUAUGAAGUUGACUAUUGCGAAAUUAUGGAUCUACUUAUAGCGUUGUCUGUUUAAAGAACGGAAUAUUAAUAUUGAUUGCCAAAUGUUACUGACAUGUUCAAGAUAUUAUGCAUGAUAUUUUUGAUGUAAUGUUUUGAUAUAUCUGCCUGUUGGUCUCAGUAUAAAAUGAAGAUUAUUGCUCUCGGGUGAAUAUGAUGAGUAUUAUUUUAAGUUAUUUGCUAUUUUCACGUAAAUCAAAUUGAUAAGAACCAUGUUUGUUAUCUAGACACAGUUAUAAUUUAUUGCAUUUUUGCUGCAAUAUGCCUAAUAUAAUUAGAAUGAAAAUCAAAUUUAUCACAUAAAUAUUUAAUUGGAAUUUCUUGAGUUAAAAUACGUAUCUAAGUGAACAUAUCUCAUAAAGUCAAUCAAGGGAGCAAUAUUACUUUUCAUUGGCUUUUGGCUACGCAGAAUAUACUAUGUAUAAUCUAGUUAUAGUGUAUCAAGAUAUAUACAAACAGUAUUAAGAUAAAAUUUGAACACGCCAAAUGAUUGUGAUUUGUCAGUCAAGCGUCGCAUAUUGUGCUAUAAAACUUCGAUUCCAUGCAUUAUGUUAUGUAAAUAUAUUUGAGAUUACACAUUGUAUACAUGUUUACAAGAAAUAAACGAAUAGUGACAGGUUCCUAGUUCAUAGCGUAAAAUAUAUCCCAAGAUUAUCUGGCCUUAUUCCAUCGUGGCGUUCCAGUCUUUUCGCUAUUGUUGAUUCUGUCAACCCCGUAAGGAAUAAGAUGUAAUGAUAAGUAUGUAUGUUAUUAUCUUUGAAAUAAGUCAUAAAAAAAAACCAAUUGAAGCAUACAAUGAAAACUGUUUGAAAAUCUCGAACGACAAAUUAUCGUCCGGAUUUCAGUGUGACGCCUAAAUAAUCGUAUGAAAUCGAAUGUAGCUAUUUUGAGAAUAUUUACUUUUGUUCCUUUGACUUUGCCAUGCUUAAUUCAUGUUAUUGAAUUAUGAUUUAGAUUUACAAUUCACGAUAGUCCAGUCACCCAAACCAAAGUUGAAUCGUUACCUGAUAUAAUAAUACGUUACUACUAAAAAUAAUAUAAGUCAAAAUUAACCUGAAAAAAUUGCACAAAAAAUUAAAAUGAUUAUGUUUAAUCGUAAUAAUUACUUGUGAUUUAUGAAAUUUGUGAUUGCUAAUAUAAA